UCUGACUGCUUCUACAAUGCUGGAUGGACAGAAGAUCUCCGGAAAGUAAUUGAUCACAUCCAUUCUCAGUUCCCAGAGGCUCCUCUUUUUGCUGUUGGAACAAGCAUUGGUGCCAACGUUCUGGUUAAAUAUCUUGGGGAGGAUGGGCCUAACACACCUCUUGUUGGAGCUACUGCUGUGUGCUCUCCAUGGGAUCUUUUGAUAUGUGAUCGAUUUAUCAAUCGCAAACCCGUGCAAAAACUCUAUGACAGAGCGCUUACUGUUGGUCUACAAGGCUAUGCACAAUUGCACCACUCAGUCAUUUCUCGUUUAGCCGAUUGGGACGGCAUUAAGAAGUCACGUUCGGUUCGAGAGUUUGACAACUAUGCCACAAGACUUGUUGGCAAAUUUGAGACAACUGAUACAUACUAUAGACAUUCAAGCAGUGCGCAAUACGUGGGAAAUGUCGCUAUUCCACUCCUUUGUAUCAGUGCUUUAGAUGAUCCAGUUUGUACUAAGGAAGCUAUUCCAUGGGAUGAAUGUAGGGGAAACAAAAACAUAGUUUUAGCAACCACAACACAUGGUGGUCAUCUUGCUUACUAUGAAGGUUUUACAGCAACAAGCAUCUGGUGGGUUAGGGCUGUGCAAGAAUAUUUUGAAGUGCUACUCUCAAGCCCUUAUGCAGAUAGAAGACAGAAGACGCAGAUCAUCCCGGAACCAUUGGAAUCUUCGAUUGAUCAGGGAGCGUUUGUUGUGGAUACUGAAGCAGAUGGGAUGAUUGCUGCUGCACCAGCUAGUGAAGUGGAGACAACAAGAGCUGAUACAGAAGAACAAGAGAAUAUUGCUCUAACUGAGAAGACAAGUAACCAUCUUCCACCUAAAGACAACACACCUCAAGGUUAUAACAGUUUACUCGGUCCUUUAAAGAAGAGAGUGGAUCAGCUUUCGAGAUAUAGCCGGAAAUCGAUCUGGCUAUUAGUGUAUAUUGCUAUAGUCACCACAUGGCCGCUUCUUGGACCUGCGUUUUUGCUAUCAAUCAGGAAAAGAUUCAGAAGGCUCAUCGAAAAAUAG